AUGGAGUCGUCAGACGCCAAAGAUUCGAGUAACAAGGAGAGAUUGGAAAGAACCGCGACGCACGAAUCAUACACCUUCCAGGGCGCGAAAGGAUGGCGGAGAUGGCGCAUUUUACAACCCGGACGUGGCAUGUAUCACGAUGUCAAACGCAGAUUACCAUACUACUGGAGUGAUAUCACCGAUGCACUUACCUAUCGAGUCUUUGCUAGUACAGUUCGUAUGUACUUCGUCAAUGUUCUACCUGCUAUCGCUUUCACGCUCGACAUGUACCGCCGAACUGGCGAGUUCUUCGGUAUCAAUGAAGCCCUCUUCGCCUCCGCUUUAGCAGCAAUGGUCUUCAGUCUUUUCGCUUGCCAACCUCUCACCAUUGUGGGCGUCACUGGUCUUAUCGCCCUCUUCAACUACACCAUCUUCGACAUUAUCACUCAGUAUGAUCCUCCCAUCUAUCCAGCCUUCACCGCAUGGGUCGGUAUCUGGGCUGCAAUCUUCCACUGGAUCGUAUCCUUUGGCAACUUUAGUGAUUACAUGGCUUAUGUUACCGACUUCUCAAGUGAGACAUUCGGCAUGUAUGUCGGAAUUAUCUAUUGCAUCAAGGGUGUAGAAGAACUGGUUUACCUCUUCGAAGUUUCCGAGUUCGAUGGCGGCUACCUUUCCAUCGUUAUCGCCAUCUGCUACUUUGCCUCCGUAUACGGCCUCGAGAAGCUUGGAGGAAGUACAUUGUUUGGUCCAGGCGUCCGUGGUAUCCUCGCUGACUAUUCCUUCGUCUUUCCAACUUUGUUCUGGGUCGGCUUCUCACACAUCCCCGGACGUUUGGAGAAUACUGGGCUGUACCGGGUCCCUAUUACAGGCGCCUUUGAGCCGACGCAGGACAGAAAUUGGGUGAUUGACUUCUGGAAUCUGGACGUCAAAUGGGUAUUUGCAGCAUUGCCAUUUGGUUUCUUGAUGAUGCUGCUUUUCUACUACGACCACAAUGUUUCAUCUCUUACAGCACAAGCCCGUCAAUAUCCCCUGAAAAAGCCCGCUGGCUUCCACUGGGAUUUCUUCCUUCUCGGCUGCACAUGCUUUGUUGGCGGUGUUAUUGGCCUUCCCCUUCCCAACGGUCUUGUACCGCAAGCACCUGUGCAUACCGACUCUUUGACAGUUUACGAAACGAAACUUGAAGUCACCAAAACGGAGGAUGGCGGAGAAAUCCGUAAGCCAUUUACAGAGGCUACCGCCGUUGUUGAACAGCGUGUCAGUCACUUCUUGAUGGGCAUGGCUAUUUGGGGUACUAUGACCGGUCCUUUGCUCACGGUGUUACACACUAUGCCUGCCGCCGUCUUCGCCGGUGUGUUCUUCGUUGUCGGUUGGGGUUCAAUCGAAUCUAACGGUAUCGUCGCCAAGACCCUCUACCUCAUGUCCGAAAAGCGUUUUAUCCAACGCGAUAACCCGCUGAAUACCGUCUCUCGCAAGAAGAUCGGACUUUUCAUUGGCAUCCAGAUCUUUGGUGUCGCAUGCACAGUUGCUAUUUCGCAAACUAUCGCCGCUAUCGGAUUUCCCGUGCUCAUCACCGCGCUUAUUCCGCUACGCACUUUCUUGAUGCCAAAAUGGUUCACAGCACACGAGCUAGAUGUUCUAGAUGCCCUAACGGCGGAUAAUCCCUCGGUACUUGUCAGCUUCGGUGGAACACCGAGUGGCAUGAAGGCUGGUGGUCCUAUGGAAGGCGGUGCUGGCGGCCCUCGUGAUGAGGAGGCACUCGCACACCCGCAUUCUGCCCAACGUCAACGCGCUGGAAGUAUUCACCGAGAUGAAUAG